AAAUGGAUCUUCUUCAGAGAAAUAUGAAGUUUCGCGAGUGCUCUUUAGUAUUCUUGGUGGUUGUUUUUGCAUUUAUCAGUGCCGAACCUUAUCGUUUUGAUGACUUCAAAGUGUUUAGAGUUAAAAUCGAAGCCAAAGAGCAACUUGAAAUAUUGAAAAGUUUAAAAACCGGACCUAAUAGUUAUGAAUACUUUGACGAACCUCAACAAAUUGGGCAGGAAGUGGACGUUCUCAUUCCACCAUUUCUUCAAUCCGAUUUUGAUGCAAUGAUCAAAAAAACAAAUAUCAAAAAGAAGCUGAUGAUUCAGAAUAUGCAAGACCUCAUUGACAAGGAGAGACCGGACAAGCCUUAUUCCCAACAAGAGGAUGAAGAAUUCGGAUGGACUGAUUACUACGAUACCCAAACCAUCCACGAAUGGUUAUAUUCCAUGGAGGAACUUUACGACGAAGUCACUAUCAUUAAGGCUGGAACUACUUACGAGGGACGAGACAUUCUUGGUGUUAACAUCAACCGAAGACCAGGACAAAAUCCUGGAAUCUUCAUUGAGUCACAAAUCCACGCAAGAGAAUGGAUCACGUCAGCGUCAGCAACAUGGAUUAUCAACCAACUACUCACAGCAACUGAUGCACAGCCGGAAAUUAAGAAUUUGGCUGACAACAUUAAUUGGUACAUCUUUCCACUGAUCAAUGCUGAUGGAUACGAAUAUUCCAGAAAUUACUAUCGAUUGUGGAGAAAGACCAGAUCAAAACAAGGAUUCAUCUGCCAAGGAGUAGAUCCUAACAGAAACUGGGAUGUUUACUGGGAGAAAGGUGGAAUAGGUUCAUCAGCCAAUAUGUGCGAUAUAAAUUUCGCUGGACCUGAAGCAUUUUCGGAAAUUGAAACCAAAUCUCUAUCUGAAUAUAUUUUGAGCAUUAGAGAUAAUAUACAUUUCUAUAUUGGCUUUCACUGUGCUAGAAACAUGCUGCUACUUCCUUGGGGUCAUACUCCCAAUCCAACACCUCUUCAUCCUCAGUUUAUGGAAAUUGCCGAGGCUACUGUAAAAGCCUUACAUGCUCGUCAUGGAACAAACUAUACUUACGGCCCUAUAUAUACAACGAUCUACCCUGCAACAGGAAGUUCAGAAGACUGGGUAUACCACACUCUGGGUAUUCCUAGUUUUACUUACGAAUUUCGAGAAGUUAAUACAGAAACAGGAGAAUUUUAUGGAUAUACAGCGCCCCCAGACCAAAUCGUUCCGAAUUCAGAAGAGGUUCUAGAUUCGCUGAUAGCAUUGGUUGCGAAGGCAAGAGAAUUAGGUUUCAUGUCUCUUAAUGUUAGGAAACUAUAAAUUUUACAUUUUCUUUCCGGAGAACUUUAAAAAAGCAAAAAAAAUAAAAUAACAGUCUUUAUAAAUAAAAUAGUAAUAUUUUAUAGGA